GGCCGCAGACAUGGACGCGGGCGCUGCAGCCGCCGACACCGCCGCGGGCCGCCCGGCGCCGCCGCAGCCGCCGCUGCUGCUGCGACUGCUGCUGGCCGCGCUGCUCCUCUCUGGGGCGGCGCCGCAGGAGGAGCAGCAGCUGGUGUUCCGCAGCGUACCCACCACCGUCAAGACCUCCGAGAACGACACCGUGCUGCUGCCCUGCUACGUCCACAACCUCGGGGAGUCGACGGUGCGCUGGUGGUGGUCGGGGCGGCUGGUGGCGGACUCCGGGAACCCGUCGCUGGAGUCUCCGCCGCGCAUGCGCAUGUGGCCCAACCACACGCUGCAGGUGGAGCGGCUGGCGGCGAACGACACGGGCGAGUACACGUGCGAGGUGGUGCGGCCGCACCCCUGGGGGCCCGUGCGCCAGCACCACGCCAUAGAGGUCCUCUAUCCGCCGUCAGUGACACCGAUCCCUGAAGACGGCGCCCUGGAAGUUCGCCUGGGGGACAACGUGAGGAUGGAGUGCCAGGCAGAAGGCGUGCCGCAACCCAUCGUCACAUGGACCUACAACGGGUUGCCACUGGAACUGAUUGACCAUCGCUCUCGGCUGCAAUUCAAGGCGACCUCACAGGAGCUGUCCGGUGUCUAUCAGUGCACAGCCAGCAAUGGUGUGGGUGACCCAGCCAGUGCUGACAUCCACCUCACCAUUCUCUACCCACCGAAUGUCUCUGCUGAGCAGCCUUGGGUCCAUGCCGCUCCUGGAGUCCGUGCUGAGUUGGCUUGCCUGGUGUCUGCAGACCCAGAAGCUAGGGUGAUAUGGCUGAAGGAUGGAAAGCAGGUUACCUCAUACGGUCGAUAUCACAGCUCUGUACAAGGUCCUCGAUACAGCUUAAUCAUUCGAAAGGUGGAAGUUGAUGACUUGGGCUUUUAUAAGUGCAGAGCAAGUAAUCAGCUUGGAUCCAAGGAAGAUACUGUACAAUUAUCAGGUGUAGCGAAACCUGCAGUAUUUAAGAAAGACAGAAACAUAGGUAUCGCAAACAACUAUACACUCAUCUGGGAAGUAGACAGUUAUUCACCCAUAAUUGAAUAUCAUCUGCUCUUCCGAAGGUAUGAGCCAAAAUCCAAGGGACAACAAUGGACAAAGCUUGUGAUUCCUGCUGACAGAGGAGGACCUUUACACAGCAAAUCCUACACACUGACUGGACUGCAGUUGGGUACAGUUUAUGAGGCAAUGCUGCUCUCUCGUAACCAGUUUGGAUGGAGCAGUCCCUCUGAACUGCUCAGGUUUGGAACAGAAGGUGCAUCAGACUCUUAUGAAGAAGAAGAUUCUGUUGCUGAACCAGAUGAUUCUGAAGAGCCUACUUUGCAUGUUGCUGUUCCAUCACUAAUGCCAGAAUAUAGUGAAAAUAACUCUGGACAGUUGACAGAAGCAGCAGUUUUAAUGGUUCUUUAUGGAUACAGCUUUCUUUGGCUCUUGUGACAAAGCAUAUUUUUCAAUCAAACACAGCACAACAUUAAAAGACUGAAUGUCUAGGAGCCUACACUGGUCAAAAGUACAAAAGACAUCUAAGAUAUUUGUAAUUUUAUCACCUAAAAAUUUAUUUUUAUUCUCUUUGUGUAAAUAAAGACUGUUUUAGAAUAAAAUAUCUUAUUUCACAAA